GGCUAUAGAUAUGCGGCUCUCUAUAGCUAUAGACCGCAAAAGAAGGACGAAUUGGAGCUAAAGAAAGGAGAGUUGUAUUCGGUUUGUGAGAAAUGUCACGACGGAUGGUAUAAAGGAGUCUCUGUUCGCAACGGAUCUUCCGGUGUAUUCCCCGGCAAUUACGUACAGUUAGCCAAAUUGUCGACACAGUUGUCUCAAUAUCCGUGUCCAGUGAACGUCAGCAACAAAUCGCAGUCCAUAUUAAGUGCCAAUAAUUCAAUACAACUUCAAUCGGGCACUCAAUUGGCGAAAGAGCCGCCGAUUCCCAAACCAAAGCCUAUAAUACACGCCAAGCCUUCGACCGGCGGCGACGCGGGAGCCCAACAGCCGAUGACCAACACUACAACCACUGCCACCGAUAAUACGGGCGCAACGGUCUAUGCAAGACCGCGACCAUCCGGUCAACCCAUUUACGACGCGUCGCGCAACUUAUCGGCUUUAGUGCCACCGCCGCCGCCCACCCAACGGCCCGGUCGUCCGUUAAGCAGUAUUCUAGUGCCUAAUACUAAGUCGACCGAAGAUCAGUGCCCAUCACCGCAGAGCCAAUUGGCUCAAGCGCUCAAUCAGUCGCUACUCAUCUCUAAACAACAGUCCGCCUCCCAGUCAUCACUCAAUCAAAGUACUCAAUGGCAUCAGCCGAAAGUGGCCGCAACCAGAAACACGAUAUCGAUGGCCACCAACACGUCGUCGGCCACAGCGAUAACACCGCCGCCAAACGUGUCGGUCAUGUCGUCGUCUUCGUCGGUGAUGACACCGACCAGUCAUAGGCCGCCAACCGAUCGACGGGAGACCAAAACGAAGGAGAAGUCCUCGAAUUUUAUCAAACGAUUCACUUCUUCGUCGAAACCUAAACGCAAACAUCAAAUGAAUAAUAAUAAUAACAAUAACAGUAACGCCGCUAACAAUAGACAUAACAAUAGCUUUUCAUGUGAUAAUCCGUCGUUUGUGGACACGUCGCCCAAUAAUGUGGCGCCCCUUCAUAUCAGGUCCGGUUCCUGUCCUAAUGAAUCGCUUCCAGAGUUGGGUUCGCAUAAGAAACAGUCCUCUUUCGACGACACCAAU